AUGCGUUCUGAGUUUAGUGAGUUAGGAAAAAGUGAAGACGAAAUCAUGCUCAAUAAGCUCAAAGCCGAACACACAGAUACGUCAAAAGGAGAUAAACUAUGGUUUCACGCGACAAGCUGGGAUAAAGCACAAGGUAUUAUACAGUCGGGUCCACGCUUUUAUCCUACUGCAUCCGACUUUUCCAAAGAUGGUGCGUUUUAUCUGAAUGACAACUACAUUGACUGCUAUGACUUCCUAAAACGCCGAAAAUUUGCAGGGAACCAUGCUAUGCUUAUUUACCAAUUUGAACCUGACACAUUGGAGAAACGCGGCACAAAUCUCGAUGUUUUCGACGAAUGGCGAAGCCACGUGUUCGACUGCCUCACGGGCAAACGUAAUAGCAAGGGGAAGCACUGGUAUUAUGGUGCUCAAUGUUCCAGGCCUGGCGCAGUUAAACACAAAAGCGAAGUGACACGUCGAAUGUUGAACGAUACCAAGUAUGCCAUGCAACUAGCCAUUGUUCAUGUGGAAAUGUGCGCGAAAGUGCAUGACUGCUUAAUUGGUUGUGUAUUUUAUCAAAAUCUAAAUUGCUCGGAUCCAUCGAACCAGAAUGAAUCAUCUCCAACUUCAGGCGAUGCUUCCGGUCGCAACCUUGACAACACACAGCUACUGGAAGCUCAGCCUAAUAGGGCAAAUUUACUGCCCCCUUGUCAACAAGACCGAAUGGAGUCAGACCGCGAUUCAGAGAAUAAUGCCUCUGGUACUCAGAGGGCAGAGAAACAACCGCUUUUGGACAACAAAGCUUCAUAUCAAACCAAAAGUUGUCAUAAUACUGAUAAACUAUCCAGUGAUGAUAAAGAAGAGCAAGACAGUUCAAGCCAAAAUCCAGAAAAUGAUUCAUCCGAUAUUCCAAAGAAUGAGAACCGCAAUCUUAAUAUUAAAGAAGAACAGACGACUUCCAUGAGCAAGAAAGAUUGUAAAAGAAGUGGAAAACGUUCAAAUCGAAAAUAA